AGCAAAACAUAGUGAGCAAAUUGGAAAUAGCAACAACGUUUUAAUGGCCGAACUAAACGCUUCGCAAAUGGCACGACGUCGUUUCCUCACGAUGGCCAUAUCGUCACAGCUGGAAGAGCUGGGCUUUGCUACUGCAGAAAAAGCGGUCCUGGAGACGCUCACAGAAAUGAUGCAAAGCUUUCUCGUCGAGCUCGGUCACUCGGCCCGUAACUAUUGUGAACUGGCCGGCAGGACACAGCCCGUAAUCGGAGACGUGGUGGUUGCGCUGAUCAAUAUGGGCAUUUCAAUCCGAAGGCUUGAUUCGUUUGCCAAACGUGACGGACGCCACACGCUGCCACAGCCACAACAAGCGCAGGCCCAAAAGCAACAGUCCAUACUGCAGGCUGGCCAGAAACAUUCACACCCAUCGCACAUUCCGAAUCACUUGCCAGCCUUUCCCGAUCCGCACGCGUACAUCCGUACACCGACCUACAAGCAGCCGGUCACCGAGUACGAAGCGAUCCGGGAGAAAGCGGCCUCUCAGAAGCGGGACGUGGAAAAAGCACUGUCAAAGUUCCUGGCCAAAACGAGUGAAAUCGACAGCUUGUUUGAUAACGAGGACAAUCCGAUGUUUCCACUGAUCGCGUGCAAACCCUCGUUUCCGCCGUACCUGCAGGCGCUGAAUCCCACCGAUCAAGUGUUUGACUUUGAGGAGCUCGAGUACUACUACCAAGUGGCGAACCGGAAGGAGGACAUAACGGAAACGAAAGAGGAGGCCGAAGUGGCGGACGAUGAUGACGAUGACGACGGCGAUGGUCCCAAGAAGGAGGACAAAGACUCCAUGGAACUGAAGCAGGAGAUGGACUCUCCCGUCACGCCACCGCCGUCGACCAAAAGCGAUCAAAUGGCCACGACAGCAACGACCAGCAGUGCGACCGGACAGAACAAUCUCACCAACAGUAGCCCAUCGAUCGACAAUCCGUACCUUCGCGCUGCGACGAUACCUCGCAAAGUGAAACCCGAUCCCGUGUACUAA